UGUGCUGACAUUAAUAGAAGACAAUGGCUGCAAUGACUUACAUUGAGAUUUGUUUUUGAUAAAACAUGCUAAAUACCUUGUUUUUCGUCAAUUAAGGAAUGCAAGGCAAACAUGACUUUUUCUGUGGACUAUAACUAUGUUUAUUACUUAUGCUUCUAAAUACAGGAAAUAAUGAGCAAAUUUGGAAAGAACAAGUCAAAAACACAUUUGCAUGGAUUUACUCUGGGUGCUCCAGUUUCUGCCCACAGUCCAAAAAACAUGCAGGUGCACCUGGUUUUGAGUGGGACGAGCGGCAGCAGUGUCUACCUCCCAGCGCGCGCAGCAGGAGCAAAGCGGAGCACCUGUCUCGCGGUGGGGAGCUCAGGAAGCGGUGGCUCGCGGGCGCUCAUGUUCUGCUGUGUGGUGUGAAGCUGGAGCACGCAGCCCGGAACCCGCCAGCCCUCCGCUGGGCUGGACCGGAGCAGCCAGCCCUCUGGACCGAUGUCCUGGCCGAAAUGUCCCGACACAUCUACAUACGGAACAAGAUUGGCGAGGGCAUCCAGGCGCCCAUCUUCCAGGUGAACCGAGGGACUUAUUCCAGGAGGAGUCGCCUCAAGAGGUCUGAUGGCAGCACCACCUCCACCAGCUUCAUCCUCAGACAGGGCUCAGCUGAUUCGUAUACUAGCAGACCAUCAGACUCAGAUGUCUCUCUUGAGGAGGAGCGGGAGGUGCAGGCCCAGGUCCAGAGCCAGAGCCCAAGCCAGAGCCAAGGACCGGGACAGAGCCGUCAGGAGAGGGAGCAGCAGGCCACCAUUCAACUGGAGAGAGCCAAGACCAAGCCUGUGGCAUUUGCUGUAAGGACCAACGUCAGCUAUUGUGGUGCACUGGAUGAGGAUGUUCCAGUACCAGCCACAGCCAUCUCCUUCGACGCCAAGGAUUUCCUCCACAUAAAAGAGAAGUUCAACAAUGACUGGUGGAUCGGUCGGUUAGUGAAAGAGGGCUGCGAGAUCGGCUUCAUCCCCAGCCCUCUGAAGCUCGAGAACAUCCGGCUCCAGCAGGAGCAAAAGAGAGGACGAGUCCAAGGUAAGUCUGGAGGCAACUCUUCUUCCAGUGUAGAGGAUGAGGUAUCAGCCUCUAUCCGACCCCUCAUAUCCUCGGCAGGAAAGCAGAAACAGAAAGUGACGGAGCACAUCCCCCCGUAUGACGUGGUUCCCUCCAUGAGGCCAGUAGUGCUGGUGGGACCGUCGCUCAAGGGUUAUGAGGUAACCGAUAUGAUGCAGAAAGCACUCUUCGACUUCCUCAAGCACAGAUUUGAUGGCAGGAUAUCUAUCACACGAGUCACUGCAGAUAUAUCAUUAGCCAAAAGAUCUGUUCUCAACAACCCCAGUAAGAGAGCCAUCAUUGAAAGAUCCAACACUCGUUCCAGCUUAGCUGAGGUGCAAAGUGAGAUCGAGAGGAUCUUUGAGUUGGCCCGCUCCCUGCAGCUGGUGGUGCUGGACGCUGACACCAUCAACCACCCAGCUCAGCUCCUCAAGACCUCCCUGGCCCCCAUCAUCGUCCAUGUUAAAGUAUCCUCGCCAAAGGUUCUGCAAAGGCUAGUCAAGUCCAGAGGGAAGUCCCAGAGCAAACACCUGAAUGUCCAGCUUGUGGCAGCUGACAAGUUGGCCCAGUGUCCACCAGAAAUGUUUGACAUCAUCCUGGACGAGAACCAGCUGGAGGACGCCUGCGAGCAUCUCGCCGAAUACCUCGAGGCCUACUGGAAAGCAACCCACACCUCGAUGGCAACGCCCCUAAACCCCCUGCUAGGACGCAACCUGGGCCCCACCACCCUCACCCCCUACCCCACCAGCAUCUCUGGACUGCAGCAGAGCCAAAGAAUGCGACAGAGCAACCACACGGGAGACCAUUCUACCCCAAACGAACGACGCAACUUGAUGACAUCAGACGAGAACUACCACAACGAGCGGGCACACAAGGGACGCAAUCGCAUGUCAUCUGGCUCACAGCAUAGCAGAGAGCAGCAGGACCCCUACCAGGACUACCAGGACCCCUAUCAGGAUGCAUACAAGCCACACCGCAAUCGAAGUUCACCGGGCAGCUACAGCCAUGACUCCCGGCACCGGCUCUGAGCCCACUUCUCUCAUCACCGGGGCCCAAAUGCCCCAGAUUCCACCCGAAAUAAACGCUGCAAUGGAGCCAAGACGGUCCCAAAUUGUACCUUUUUUGUUUUUGGUUUGCGUUAUUUUGUUUUAUCUACCUGGCUAUUUUUCUCUCUUUCAAGAUCUAAUGAAAUCACGUUCAGGUGUAUGUUUUUGGUCAAGCUGCCAGGGUAACCCCGUCAAUCAACAGCGCAAGUAGUCAAGAGGUUCAGGAUGCCAAUAUUAACUAAUCCCUUUCAUUUCUGUAUUUUUUCUGGGACCUUUUGGGAUUGUACUAACACAAUGCUCAGCAGACAUGCAGCGCAGAUUGUGCUUGUUGCCUGUGUCAGCAAGCUAAUAAUGGAUAAUGGUCAGAUGGUGAUGGUGUAUGGGCUUCUAAGUGCCUGGGACAUCACACCAGGUCGAAGGGAAGUCCAUUGCACACAGACUGCUGAAGGCUGCUGACCCCUAUCUUGGGCCAUGUAUAAAUCCUCUCACCAUUUAGCUUAUUGCAUGCUGAUAGAUGAUCAAACUCCGCAUCCACUUCAUUGAUAUUUUGUACCUAGCAUUCUGGAUUCUCCUACGAUGAGGUGUAGAUACGGAGGUCCAAUUUUCUAAAUCACCUGAUUGUGGACAGGCGGUUGGUGUUGGGUUUGUGGGAGGGGGUGGGGGGUGGGUGUGCAGAUGAUAUCUGGCUGCUAGUUUUGAAAACUGGUGCUUCACAUUCCCAAACUAUUUUGCUAUUUGAAAGUCACUUUGAGCAAGGCCAGCUUUUCUGUAGCAUAGCUUUAGGCUUUCAUUUGGGUGAAGACCCUCACCGUCAUAAGCAGAACAGAUUCUGAUGGUACUGGGAUCAGAUCUCAGUCACACUGUAGGAGAAGGCAAUACAGCUUCUGUUCUAAACAGCUAGCACUUAGAGAGUUAGAGAAGGCAAUAGCUGUGAAAGUCUGUCAGAUAGUGUAGUGAAACACAAUAGCAAAAUACUACUUGAGAUGCCAUUUGAUGUUGUUGAGAUGUAGACUGGCAUAAAAACCAAUGCUGUGAGAACCUAUCUAGCAGUUUGGGAUCUUCAGUUUGAUGUUUUCGCCCCUGCCAGCGUGAAUAAUAAGAUUGGGAGCUGUUUUUUUGUGUUUGAUAGACCUAAAAGAGCAUCUGCUGCUUUAUUAGCAUUGAAAUCAAAGCCGUAUAGAGGUAAAACAAGCAUACAGUACAGAUGUUGGUUGCCAAGUCAACAGUAGUACAGUAGUUCAAUGGUCUGCCUCAUGCGAUUGGUUCAUGGUCAUCGAAGUUCCUUCCUGUGGUUUUAGGGGAUUAAAACAUUAAAAAUGUGACGUGGCAGGAUCGGUUGCAUCAUGUUCAUUCUCUGUGUAGCUGGCAUGCUGUCCUGACUGCAGAGCAUGUUUCCUCCAGACGUAAAAUAGAACCCUACUGUAACCAAGUUGAUGUUUGUAGAAGUAUAAGGCUCCUUUCUCAAAGAAAAAAAAAAUUAAAAAGAAAAGAAAAAGAUGGCCCAAAUUAAUGAUGACUAUCUCUGGAACCCUGAGGUUUGUAACUCAAUACACAGAAAUGGUUAGCAGAAUAGUGUUGGUUUAUGUCAUUCAGGAACUAAAGUUUUAAAGAGUGUCAGUGGUUGCAUGACUCAAAAGAGGAGCCAUCCUAAUGAUAAUAGUUUCUAUUAAUUCAGAAUUAUGUUAUAUGGUAGAAAGUGCACUAAAACAACUGUCUCUCACUCACAAAAAGGUUCUGUUGUGAUAACACAGGCGAGAGUUUACCGAACCCACAUGGUGCUUUGUGUGGAAACAGAGCUGCUGUGGUUGCUAGUAAUGUUUAUAAGGCUUGUUAUCUUUAUCCUAGUUUACUGUACAUAUCUUCUUCUCUUGAGAUAUCAAAUUAUCUUGUGAUUAUGUCUUAAUUAUCUCAAUAUCUUCUGAUCACAAACAGUACUAGCUAGCCAAUUUUAAGCCUAAAACAGAUGUUAAAUUCAUUGUGAAUUAGGCUAAAUAGAACAUUAAAUUGAAAUAGAAGACUUCAGUCCAGAAAAAUCUUGAAAUGUUGUCUUGAAAAAAUGAGGUUGUUAAGUUGUUGGGAUAAAAGUCUUCAAAAAUACAGUUUUUCAACAGUUUGUCAUCUCAAGAUAACACGAUAGUGAGUCUUUAAAUUUUGGCUGCUCUUGGCUUCUGUGUCUUGACACAGGGAUCUUUUUGGGAUGAUAAAAACUGAGUCAAGUGUGUCAUCUGAUUCAUGUGUUUCCCUGGCUGUUUGUCCGUGGUUACCUUUGAAGCAAAUGCACCUAAGAGAUGAGAAGAAAGACAAAGUAUAAUGACAAACAGGUGUCAGUUCAAGCAGCUUGUUAGCUUGCUUUCACUAGACUUUGGAGGACCAAACGUGACAUUUAAAUGACUACCAAAAUUAACUGAUAAAUAUGAAAAAAAUCAGAGAAAUGAAUUUUAAAAAUUAACUGAACAAAUGAAUUUUAUUUAUUUGGUUAAGAAUUUGAAAUUCUAUCCAUAAAAUACUGAGAUAAACUCUAAUAAUGUGUAACAUAUUAAAUACACUUAAUUUUUUAUUAUUACUAUUUUUUUAACCAUUAUUCAUUCACCCAAAUAUGUCAAGUUUGGUCCAAGAAAGACCCCAGAGACACACCACCAGGGAAAUAUAAUUUUUAUGGGAAAGAAAUUGCAGUGAAGUGUGGGAUUGUUUUCCUGAUGUGUUCUCUGAUAUCAGAUAUGUACUGUAUAAAACCGAAUAAGUUUUCCUUGGCAUGUUUAGACAAAUGUUGAAGCUAUUCUUAACAUUUAGACCCUUUCCCUUCUGACGAAAAUGAUGUACAGUACAGUAGUGACCGCUGCAGCACCAGAUUAGGUUGGUGCUGUAAAGACCGUGAAUGAACCUCUAACAAAAUGCUCUGCAAAUAAGUAGUGGCUUGAAAGAGGAUUAAGUCCCUUACAUAUAAUGAGUUGUUUUUUUGUCCAAGAUCUAUACAGAGUGCUAUCUAAAUAGUUAAGAUCUGAAUGACAAGCUUUUUAAUUAAGACUGUGAAUCAUGAAGCAAAAGAUAAGUUAGGAGCUGCUGCUUUUAGGUUGAUUUUUAAUUCAAAUAUCUCUAAUAUUCUAACAUAAAGAAGUAGAAACCUGCUCAUAGUAUGUUAAUAAGUAAGUCAACAAUAUAUCUUGUAUGGAGGAAAAAGUUGCUGCACUGACCACAAUGGGUCACAAGGUUCAAGCCUGUUGCAUGUGGUGUGCAGCAACCACAAGAUGGCAGCACAAGAAGAAUUAUUGCUUACAAUCAAAAGCCCUCGAGUGGCCGUAGGAAUUAUGACUCAUGUUCGUUGGGAGAAGAGUAGAAAGUAUGUAUAUAAGUGCGAUGUCUGCAGAAGGGGGGAGUAAAGGUAGUGGAUGAUUCAACAAAAGGUUGGAGUCUGAUCCGCUCCCCGUUUUCCUACCAACAGUCAAGGUUGGUUUGUUUUAAGCAUGUCCACGAUCGUUCCAUAACCUUUUAUUUUAACCUAAACCACCAUCUUUCAUCAGAGAAUGCUUAUAUGUGUCGUUGUGAAGAGCAACUACAAACGAUAUGUUUUGUUGGUUAAUUUGGAGAACUUGACUGAUCUUUAAAUCAACCCUAGAACAUUGAUAUUGGAUGAUUAUGCAAAACCCUGUGUUACAUUCAGUGCCAGCGUUUUUCAAAUUCGUGCAUGGCAACUACAGUAUGUCUGGGCCUGUGGCUUAAUGAGAACUCUGGUCUCCUAAAAGAAAGUUGGAAGUUUUAUAGGCUGUGUUGACCAUCCACCAAAACUUUACCCUCCACCUACAUAAAGGACACACUACUUCCUGAAUCAGUAUUGAACACUGUCAUCAGAUGUAAAUAGUGAGGUCAUGAGGUUGCUGGCAGGACUUUAAACUUUUAAUCUUGAUAAUAUGUAUGUUAAUUACUAAGAAAACUAGGCGGAAGCCACUUCCUGAAAGUGCACCAUCUGUUACUGUCACGCUGGAUGGCAAAUUAUUUACUUGAAUCCUCAGAAAGUAGAAAUAGAUUCUGUCCUAUAUAAGAGAUAUGUGACUGUGAUCAAGAAUUUUACAGUCUGACACAGUUUCGAGACGUUUUGACGGGACCUAAUUUGCAAAGCCUAAUUAGAACAAGUUUCAAAGGAGAACAUGGCCGAACCUUCCUCCUCCUCCUCACCUCCCUGACAACGUAAAGCCUGACCUGACAUCAAAACACUGAGCAGAUGUUUUCCCUUGAUGCAAAGCAGCUCUUAAUUUAUUGAUUUAGAUUGGAAAUAAGGUACCAUUUUCUCUUUAUAGAUAGAUCAUUUUGUAUAGAUCUGGAUAAAAGGGGGGAAAUAAUUUUGAAAAACUUCUAUAGCACAAAAGAGUAAGCAAGGUGUUUUUUUUUGAGAAACUGUUCCUACAAUGUGAAUAUGGUAUAUGGGCCACAUUUAUCUCUUUUGGAGUACACUGUUUGUUUGUUUGUUAAUGGACUGAAACACCAAGACUGCAAAUGGAACUAAGUGUUAAAGUGCAUAUGCUACUGUUUACAAGCAUGCUUAUGUCUCAUUCUGCCCCAUAGCAUAAAUCCCAUUGGUUGAUUGAACAGGGAGCCAUUUUCCAUUUGAAAUCAAACCAACCAAUGUUGAGCUGGGCUGCUUGAGACAAUCAGAAGGGAUUUCCAGACCAGCGUUGCACCAUCCCCGUCUUUGUUAAUGCCCUAAAAUGAUUAGAAAUGUCCUUUUAGAGUCGUGGAGUUAGAUCAGAAAAUAUAACACCACGCUCACUUACAGACCUCAAGAACGUCCCGGCUUUCUUUUACUUUAGUUCCACCUUUAUCUGUGGCCAAACUUUUGUCUCAAAAGUGAAAUUCAUUACUAAUUUUAUUUAUCCUGGAUUUAAAUCUCAAGGUGACCACAAAAUACAGAACUUAAUAGGGAGGAUUUUCUUUGGUAAAAUGUAAAACAAAAGAGAAAAAAAAGAAGCAAAAGAACAAACAUUUAUUCCAGUAGAAAAGUAAUAGAUGAAUAUUUGCUGGCGAUUAUUUUUAUAACAAAUAAAUGUACAUAAUGUCUUUGAGAGAUGCUAUUUGCUGUAUACAUGUGCUGAAAUGAGAUGACGACCUACGUGGGACACUUGGAACAACAGCAAGGUCCAGCAUACAAAGUUUCAGUAAUGUGCAAUACAAAACGGCAUGCUGUUUUAAAAUGAGGAACUUCAUGUACUGUACUAUGCAACCGCAAACUGUGUACAUCGCUUCAUGCUGUGGCUUCUCCAACCACCCUUUUCCAAGCAGCUUCAUCUGGACUUUUAAGGGAAUUUUGUGUUUUAUCUUUUUUUUUCCUGUGGAAGAUGAAAACCUAAGCGGCUAAUGCGGUAUUGCAUGCAUAAUAUACCAUUCUAAUUUAUAAAAAGGAAUUAAAGAAAAUACAUGAAAUUGGAGGUGAUUGUGUUUAAGGCAAAGCUACAAGUGACUUAAAACAUUUCUUUUUCCAAAUAAAAGAGUCGUUCUAAA